AUGCCUCUCCGCAUCGCACCCGCCGCGUCCAACGCAACCCAGACCUCAAAUACAGCCUCAGUCCCUCACUUAAGCAAAGGUGCCCCAUCUGCCCCAGGCGUCCACGACACCCUCCGCGCCUCUCUCACUGCCGCACCAACGACACAGCAGCGAGCCCCCGCUUCUACACACCCGCUCGAAGCUCGUCUGCUACAGUGGCGCCAGACACACGAUGCGAUGAAGAUGGAAUCGUUAAGAAGGGUGUAUGGCAUCGCGGAGCCGAUCAGGAGGGGCAUGGAAUUGAAGAUCGUGCAGGAAGGACAGUGGAAGCCAGCUGCAUUGGGUGGACGUAACGAGAGUAGUAUUCAUGCGGAUAUUUUGGCGCUGGGAGGUAGGGAGACGGAGGUUACGUGGGAGGAUGUCUUUGACGGUGACGAACUUCGAGAACCUUCCUCCUUCCAUGACGAAAUGGAACACCGACUAAAGAUGAAUUGGUAA